ACCACCUCAAUUUUACAUUUCCCACCCACCGUCCUCAAAUUUCCGCAUGGGCUACGGAAAAUACGCUGAGGACAACUCUGGAACUCCAUUUGCUGCGCUUUUGGUUGCUGUAUUCAAUUCGAUUCUCGAGGUAUUUUUGCUAUGUUCUGCGGGAUAUAUUCUCGCAAGUCGUGGUAUUCUUGACAAGAGGACUCAAAAGCAAUUGAACCGCCUUAAUGUGUCGCUGUUCACCCCUGCUCUUUUGUUCUCAAAAGUUGCUUUCUUUCUUACACCUGAGAAGCUCAAAGAGCUAUGGGUUAUCCCAAUUUUCUUUGCAAUCGUGACAUGUCUUUCUAUGACGGUCGGAGCAAUCUUGGGAUGGAUGUUCGGUUUGAAACGAAGCCAGAGGAACUUUGUCAUGGCUGCAGCCAUGUUCAUGAAUUCCAACACGCUUCCGAUUGCACUCAUGCAGAGCCUUGUCGUUGCGGUUCCAGAUCUUGCUUGGGGCCCGGAGGAUAAUAAGAAUGGGAUGCUUGGCCGGGCGCUCACUUACCUCACGAUGUACAGUACGCUUGGCAUGGUGCUUCGUUAUAGCUAUGGGAUCAAACUUCUUUCCAAAGCAGAUCCUGAGUCUGCCGACGUCAUCCUGACGAUUGAAGAACCCAACGAGAGAACUCCACUGCUCGUUCAGGUUGACCUCGUCCCCGAAUCUCCCGAGGCGAUGGAGUCCCACCCUUCGACAGAAACAAUGGUGGAUCUCGCCAAUAUUUUCUCAACCCCUAAAGUCACAGAUAACGAACAUGUUCUCGGUACUCCCGUGCGCAUUGUGCGUCCCGCAGUUCAGCGCCGACGCACAACAUUUUACAACUCGUUCCCCAAUUCUCCCAACGACUCUCGUACUAACCUCGCCGCUUACGAUUCUUCCCCCGACCUCGAAAAUGCAGAAAUUCUUCCUAUGCACACUCCCCUACUUGAGCACACGCACACCCACCGCCGCCCGACUACCUUCUUCGGCCGGUGUGUACGUGGCGUUGGCCGCAUCUGGGCGACAAUAAGGGACUUUAUGACUGUCCCCAUGUGGGCUGCCCUGCUUUCGUUGAUCGUUGCCUGUGUCCAGCCUUUGCAGCACUCGCUCCAGUUCCACAUGCUGCCAUUGAACGGCGCUAUCAAUGCUGCGGGUAAGUGCGCUGUUCCUCUGACGCUCGUGGUUCUUGGAGCAUACUUCUACCCUCCCCCUCCCGAGGGAGAUCUCGUCAACGGGACAGAGAAUGGGCAGAGCGUCCAGGAAAGCAAGACUGCCUUCCAGAAAAUCAGGAAACUCUUUGGGAGUCGCUCGCCCUCGGAGACUUCGCUUCAUAGGGAAGAGCAACCCAAAGAGGGAGAGACGAAGACCGUGUUUUUGGCUGUUGCUGCGCGUAUGAUCAUCACUCCCAUCCUUCUGAUCCCAUUGGUGAUUUUGGCAACGUACUACGACUUCCACGCGGUCUUUGAGGACCCUGUAUUCGUUGUCUGCAACGUCAUUUUGUUGUCCUCGCCUCCCGCCUUGACUCUUGCUCAGAUCACCCAGGCAGUAUCAGGCGACGCGUUCGAGCGUUUGAUUAGCAGAACCAUCUUCUGGUCAUACUGCGUCUUCACCCCUCCCAUCACCAUCAUCUGCGUCGUUUUCGGACUUUUACUCGCUCGGCUAUAG